AUGCCGUUCCUCCGUCGGCGAGGCGUCAUGGCCAGCGAGUCUGACAUGCGCCGGCACACCUCCUUCUUCAAUCCGCUGGCCAUCUCCAAGCAGGCAUCACCACCGCCAAUACGUCCCGAGACGGCCAUCCCCGAAUCGGAAGUUCGCAAGUACUCGAUCCAGCUUCCUCGUUUUUCCAGCAACGUCGUCGCGGCUGCCGAGCAGGAUCGCGCCAAUGCUGGUGGCCUGGAUUCUCUCUCUCUGAACACCAUUGCGCCCUCUUUUCCCGCACCGCCCAUCACCCCUCCGGUCGACAGCAUCCACCAGGGCGAGGCCACCCGUGGCGCCAUGUCCAUCGAAAGCGAUAUGGACAGACCCGAGUCCCCUCCGAUCCAGGAGCAGACGCCCAAGCACCACCGCUUCUCCAUUCUACGCUUCCGCAAUGCCUCGGACUCCCAGCUGGCUGCCAGGGCCCGACAGCAGGCCCUGGCCGAAGAGAUGCCCCCCAUGCCUCGCCCCCCCGAAAUCAUCACGACCGCACCCACUUUGGAACUAGGCUCUGCGGCUGAGCGACUGCCUGGGCACAGGUCCGCUGUACGUGUCCGAAAGUCCGGCGAACUUGCACGGAUAGACGACGAGGGCACCCCUGGCGGAUCUGGCACUAGCUUCCGGAGCUGGCCGAAGAGGGAUAGGCGCAAGUCGAUGGUUGUGCAGUCAACAACAGACGGCAAGCAUUCUGCCGUUGCCUUUGAUGAGUCGACUUUCAACCAGCACGGAAAUCCGAUGCUCCCCGAAUACGGCGACGACUCCGGAUCGGCGCUCGCUCUUCCUGCUACCCGGCUCUCCGAGUCGUCUAGGUCUGACGGCAGCUCUGCCGAUCGCGUCUACGGCAGUACCACCACAACCACCCACACCGUUCAGACCACAACGACCUUCUUCCGCCUGCCGCGUCGCAAGAACGCCAAUCCACCACCCCUUUUCCCCAUCGGCCACUUGCCCCAGAAAGGACGGCCGAUCACUCCCUCCGAUACACCGGUGCCUGCCAAGCGCUCGUACGAAGGCAGCACGCGCAACGACAUCUCGGCAUCCUCACACGCCGGCGGGCUCUACGUCCUUGGCGAAGGACAGUCGACGCCGACACAAUCGCGACCGUCGUCCCAGAACAAGGCGUUAUCGACCCCGUCUGGAGUCGGACCAUCUCCAGCUCUCGUUAUCUUCCAGAAGGGAAACCACUCGCCAGCGUCUGCAUUCUUUCGCCCAAGCUCGCGAAACUCGGGCCGCUCAUCGCCGACACGCACGACUCCUGUGCCUUCGUCUGCCGCAGCUAUGCAUCUUCGGGGACGAUCGUCUACCCUGAGCUCUCUGGGCCGAGACUCUCUCGAAGGCAACCACCCUCCACCCACCGUGAGGAGUUCAUCUUCUGCCACAGGCCGCAAGAGCUUUGGCGACCUGCUGGGAUUUAGCCGCUUGAGACAGAACUCGGAACUCUCUGUCCGCCCAGGCUCACUCGCUCCCGGCACUCCCUCGAACAACUCGCUUCAUUUGCCGCGGGACUCCAUCACCCUUCCUGAACGGCGGGACGACGAUACGCCAGCCAAGUAUCUGGCCCGUCUGGAAGAGGUUGUCAGUCGCAGCGUGAUUGCCAGCGCAUUAUCCAAGUCGGCCGACCAGUUCUCCCAGGCCGUUCUGCGCAGCUACAUGCGCAGCUUUAGGUUCUUUGGCGACCCAAUGGACAUGGCCAUCCGGAAGCUCCUCAUGGAGGCUGAACUGCCAAAGGAGACGCAGCAGAUCGACCGCUGCCUGCAGGCCUUUGCAAACCGCUACCACGAAUGCAAUCCAGGGAUCUACAAUUCGCCGGACCAAGCAUAUUUCAUCGCAUUCUCGCUGCUGAUUCUACACACCGAUGUCUUCAACAAGAACAAUAAACACAAGAUGCAGAAGCAGGACUAUCUCAAGAACACGCGUGGCGAAGGCAUUUUCGACGAGAUUUUGGAAGUCUUCUACGACAACAUCACGUACACGCCUUUCAUCCAUGUCGAGGAUGAACUUGACAUUAACGGUGAUCGCAUCAUCACCCACAAGGCUAAGCGAAAGUACAUUUUCCCCAACGGGAAUGUGGACAUGGCCAAGAAAACAUCCAAGGAGCCCAUUGACCCUUACACGCUCAUCAUCGACAACAAGCUGGACAUUCUGCGGCCCAAUUUCCAGGACGCGAUGCAGCUCGAAGACCCUUAUAGCUACAUAGGCACAGCAAGCUCGCUGAACAUGAAGGAGUUGCAGAGUACAUUUUUCCGUACUGGCAUUCUCCAAAUCGUCUCGGCGCGGUCCCGGCCCGAUGCCUUCAUGACAUUGAAGACAGUCACGAAUCCGGAGGAGGCCCAUCCAGGCAUCGUGGACAUCAAAAUCACAAAAGUGGGCUUGCUGUGGCGCAAAGAGGCCAAGAGGAAGAAGGCACGGUCCCCGUGGCAAGAAUGGGGCGCCAUACUGACUGGGGCCCAGCUGUACUUCUUCCGCAACACUACGUGGGUAAAGAGUCUGAUUCAUCAGUAUGAGGGACAUGUUCGGCAUGGCCAUGACGGCAUCCCCGUUAUAUUCAAGCCGCCACUGGAAGAGUUCAAGCCCGACGCACUGAUAUCAACCGACGGCGCCGUUGCCUUGUUGGACUCGUCCUACAAGAAGCACAAGCAUGCGUUCACAUAUGUGCGUCGCGGGGGCGAUGAGGAGGUGCUUCUGGCGGACAACGAAGAAGAGAUGAACGACUGGCUCGCGAAGCUCAACUAUGCGGCUGCGUUCCGGACGUCUGGCGUCCGCAUACGCGGCGCCAUCGGCAGCCUGUACGAGGGCCAGAACAGACGGGUGCUGCGGCGUCUUGGGUCGGCCGAGGGCCAAGCGGUGCAGACUCCAAGCGGCGAGGUGACCAUUACGCGCAGCCGGAUCGACCAGAAGAUGGCGGAAGAUAUAUUGGCUGCACGCCGCGACAUUAUGCGACAAAAGGUUGCCGACGCGAACGAGAAGCUGGCAGGCGUAGAGAAGAAGCUGGAGGUACAGCUGCGCAACUCACGACAUCUGCAAAUCAUGUCGCCCAUUCAGCCCAAGACUCGCGAGCAGAUGCUGCACUCGGCCGCCCGCAUGGCCACCCAGGUACAAUGGACGCGGGUGGAAAUGUGGCGUCUCAAGUGCCAUCGUGAUAUCCUGGAGAUGGAUCUGGACGAGGAGCACCAGGCUGUCGGGCUAGGCUCAGAGCACGCACUGGAAAGCGGUGCCGCCCUUGCAGGAGCGGUAGCAGUGGCCCCCGGCUUGGGAGGAGUGGCGGCCGAGGGCUCCUCGUCUACGGUAAAUCAGCUGGAGCAGAAGCCCGGUCUCAGUCGGGAGGACUCGCUGGCCAGUUCGGCAAGCACAGUGCUGCAAUGCAGCCCAAGGCCAACGACCCAUUGUGGCUCUCUUGCCAGUGGCAGCGGUGGCUCUGGCAGUGUGAUCGGUGUCGUUACCGAUUUGCCGCUGUCAGACGCUUCCGCGACACCAUCAAGCGCCACGCCAACGGUUUCGACACAGCACAAUCGUCACAAGUCGGCAGAGCACACACCUACGACUGCUGGCAGCCCUGGUGUGCGGAAGGCGUCAGUCUCCAGUGCGGUGUCCGCCGGCAGCCAUUCAGCCCUGGUGACGCCUUCGCGCGCUGCACGGAGGCCGAGUCUGCCGAAUGAAUCGACGUUGCAGCGCCAGACUCCGACGACGGCAGUUCCCGCCGAAGACUCGCAGCUGGACCACACGCCGGAGCCGAACGACGAGGAUGCGGAUGAGCAAACGCUUCUCCAGAAAACCGGACUCCUGGAGCCUGGACUGAGUCUCGUGGGGGCUGAGGCCGGGAGCGGCAGGCCGGCACUGGCCGAAGAAAGCAGCACGCCGUUAGCAACCGGGACACAGCACCACUACCCGGCCUCACUACAUAGCCUGCCGCAGGCCCAGGGCAUGUCCCAGCAGUCGUCCCCGUCGCAACACGACAAGAACAAGAUUCGGCGCAGCCUACACCGCACUCUCAGGGAAGGUGCCGGCCACCUUUCGCACCACCGAGGCAAGAAGACAAGGGAGACGACCUCUGCUGGUGGCUCUGAUGAUGCGGCUGGCGAACCCGGCGUGCUCGAGCGUGGGAGCGGGUCGUUUGUGGUGCACGGAAAGAAGGCAUCUGUCAUCAGCUUUGGCGGCGAUUUGCAGUCGAUUUUGCCGUCAGACGAACGUCUGCGGCAGAGAAUGUCGCUCCAGCAGUCAUCGAUGACGACGGGGAAUGGUCAAGGCGAUGCAGCGCAGUCGCUGGCGGAAGAAGCCGAAGGCGAGGGCGUUCGAGGUAGUACGCCUGCUGGGAACAACGAUUUCCGGGCAAUGGUUCUCCAACACGAUCGCAAUCAAGAACGACGAGAGUCUGCAGCCAGCACCAGCACAGCGACAGCUCGCAGCUUCCGGGAGCUGCACAAAAAGUAUUCCUCCGUCCGGGCAGCGAGCAAAUCGAGUACGGGUGGCCGGUCGGCAUCGCGUCGUGACGAUGGCGAGAGUGAGGCCGCAGUGAGCAGUGGGCUGGAAGGAGGGCACACGCCGCUCACACCAGCCCUGGAAGAGUCAGAAGGCAGCGGGGAAAAGCACUUUCCUAGAAGAGGUAGAGGGAGGAUGGCUGACGACGAGAGCCAGGACGACUCUGACGCGGUGACGGAUGACGACGAAGACGACUACGACAACGACAGCAUCUAUUCAGUCAACGAAGACGUGCCGUCGCAGUUCUUCACGUCCGAACCGCCGGCGUCUCCGCGGGCGAGGACACCGGAAGUGGGAGACGAUGAGUCAGCAUUGGAGCUUGACAGCGGUUCUGCGACAGGACUCGCGGCUCAGACCAUCCACGCAUAG